AACAUACCCAACCAGCAUCCCAGCAUCAAAACAUGCCUACCAGCAUAUGCAGUUUUUAGGUUUUAUUUGUGGUAAAACCAUCCGUAAGAGUAGCCUACAAUUUGCUUUAAAGCAAGACAAAACUGGUCAUAUUGCCGUGUUGAGCUGACAGAGACGGUAAACAUUGAAAAUGUAGAAGCACCUUAAAAUUCAUUUUAAAAAGCUGAUUCCUUUAAAAAAAAAAAAGUCGCCCCCGUGAAAGUCAUUGCACAGUUUGUACAGUGAUCACUAGGUUUGCCGUACUGACAGUUCUUCCUGUCAAUCAUUCCAUCGUUUCCCGCCAAUAUGAAGUUCCAGGAGAGCUCGUGCUGACCGCGGUUAACGGAGAAAUGUCAAUCAUUCAUUCGUUCCUAACCGCCUGCCACUAUGACGUCACAUGAGUUGCCGUACUGACCGCGCUACCUGUCAAUCAUUCCUUCACGGCGAGCGUAAGGAAAAUCUCCGCGCUGAUAUGCGCAUGAAACCACUACUGUCCACAAUGCUGGAUACCGACGCAGCAUCAGGUGAGGAUAUUAACACUCGGUGUGCUUGAACGGUUCGGUAAUCCAGAGGGAAAUAAACACGAAGUAUGGAUAAACGCGACAAGAAAGCGAAAAGGGAUCCAGGGAAGUCUACGAAACGCACAGGGAAGCUUUUCCGGAGGAAAUCGUUUAAAUCUGUGGAAAGUUUGGUGAGUAAGAUCCUGAAAAGUUUGGGGAGCUUGGCCAGCGGCGGAGAAACAACCGAACGCUCGGAUGCUGAGGAUGAUGACGGUGGGUUUGGAGAAAGCGCACCUUGCGCUGGAAACUCGGGACAGGUGAAAAAAGAGGACAGCAGCCAGGUGAGGAAAAGUUCCUCGCUUCCCUGCCGUUCCUCCGCGAAAGAGCGACUGUUCUCGCUGUACGGGGAUAAAACGCCAGGCGUGCUGGGUCUGAAGAACCACGGGAACACCUGCUUCAUGAACGCCGUCGUGCAGUGCUUGAGCAACACGGACCUGCUCGCUGAGUAUCUGUGUUUGGAGCGAUAUAAACUGGAUUUGUGUCACAGGGGAAUGAACGGAUUUAUAAAGAAUGAGAACGGGCAGCACGAGAAAGGAGAGGUUACGGAACGGCUCGCAUCUUUGGUCCGAGCGCUUUGGACUUUUCAAUACACUCCUCAGCUCUCGGCUGAGUUCAAGAUGACCGUAUCUAAAUAUGGUGCACAGUUCCGGGGGAAUUCCCAGCAUGACGCUCUCGAAUUCCUGCUCUGGCUUCUAGACCGCCUCCAUGAGGACGUCAACUCAUCUUCAACUCUCCCCAAUGGGAAUAACAAAAGCAAAUCGAGUGGCAAGGGUCAAGAAGGAGGUGAUGAAAAGCCCGUCUCUGAUAACCUGACCUCACCACAGACACAGACUGGUGUACAUCACAGCUUUGUGCAAGAGCACUUCCAGGCACAAUAUAAGUCAUCUCUGACAUGCCCACAUUGUCUUAAGCAGAGCAACACGUUUGAUCCUUUUCUGUGCAUUUCCCUCCCCAUCCCUCUAAGACAGACGAGACCCGUGUGUGUGACUUUGGUGUUCAGCAGUAAAGGGCAGCGGUAUCUGAGAGUGGGGCUCGCUGUGCCUCUUUUCGGCUCUUUGGCAUGUCUACGCCGGAUGGUGGCAGAUGAGGGCAAGAUCUCUCCUGAUCAGGUAAUAUUAACAGAGAUCUACACAACAGGAUUCCAGCGCUCGUUCUUUGAUGACGAUGACUUGACCAGCAUAGCGGAGAGUGACAUCAUCUAUGCCUUCCAAGCUCCGCCCCUUUACAUCAGGGGUGGAUCUGCACGAAUCUCAGGGUUCCACCACAGUCUUCCGUCCUCUCCGUACACCUCGUCUGGGCCAGAGGGUCACAGACUGGCUGCGUCCGGAGCGCUGUCCUCAGAGUUCCUGAACCAGGCCGAUGGGAUGGUGAAAAUCUUGCUGCUAGUGUGUAAUGCAGCCGGAGCGGGACAGCAGGCAGUGAGAUUCGGUCCUCCGUUUUUGAUGAGAGAGGACAGAUCAGUGUCGUGGGACCAGCUACAGCAGAGCAUCCUCAGUAAACUCUACUACCUAAUGAUCAAUGGAUCACAGGCACAUAAUUUCAGGGUGUUGUUCAAGAUUCGUGUUGUUGGGGGAUCUGCAGCUUACAGCUACUUAAAUCCCCAAGACGGACGGCCGCUUUAUCACCCUGCAGUGGACAGAGCUCUAAAGCUGUGCGGCUCAGGCGGACCGCCGCAUGUGAAGCUCAUUGUAGAGUGGGAGCACAGAAUCAAAGACUGCCUGUUUGGUAACAUCCAAGAGGAGGUGGUGAAGGACUCAGAAAGUGUUCGUGCUCAACAACAACACCAUGUUCAACAGCACAGCUGCACCCUGGAUGAGUGCUUUGAGCUCUACACCAAAGAAGAACAACUGGCCCCUGACGAUGCAUGGAAGUGUCCUCACUGUAAGCAGCUGCAGCAAGGCAUGGUGCAGAUGAGCCUGUGGACCCUCCCAGACAUCCUCAUCCUUCACCUCAAGCGCUUCCGACAGGUAGGAGAGCGCCGUAACAAGCUCUCCACGCUGGUCCACUUCCCCCUCACUGGCUUGGAUAUGGGCCGCCAUGUGGUGAAGAGGAGCAGCUGUGCCCGACCGCCGCCCGGCUGGAAGCAACAGGCCCAUCAGCGGCCCGAAGCCAGCCGACACACGCUGAACUUCCUGUAUGACCUGUACGCCGUGUGUAACCAUCAUGGAGGCAUGCAUGGAGGCCAUUACACAGCAUACUGCAGGAACUCAGUGGACGGUGUGUGGUAUGCCUACGAUGACAGCAGUGUGGAGCCGGUGCCUGAGGGGGAAGUGUGCACGCGUGGUGCUUAUAUCCUCUUCUAUCAGAGACGAGAUGCCAUCCCAUCCUGGUCUGCUAGCUGCUCGCUACAAGGUUCCUCCAGCCCCUCUACAUCAGUGCACUGGCUCAUCCGGCUGAACGCAGAUAACCGAAUCUCAAAUUCAACCAGCAAGCUGUCUAUUUCAUCUUCAGCACCUGAGCCCCAAACACCACCCAUUCCUAUCGUCCAUAAAACUAAAAAUGAAGACAACGAUGCAGUUGAGCCGCCGCCAUUUGUACGAGGCGUUCGGGGCCACAGUAUGAGUAUGCGCUAUCCCUCCAAAUCCAAGACGGGCCCAGGGAAAGUUCUUCCACUGCGCUGGUCAUUUGCUUCCAAGGACCGCAGAAAACCCUCCAGCGUCGCUCCACAAACCGGAAACGACGAGCUGGUGGAGUACCUUGAGUCCGGCCGGCGACCUCGAUGCACCAAGGAGCCCAUAGUAAGUAUUGUGGCCAGUCCUUCACAGGUCAAAGCCCAGCUUCGCGAGGACGAUUCUCUAAGUUCCCCGAGCUGUAGCAGUAUUGUGGAGCGAAGUAGCUAUCAAGGUCCAGAUUCGCCCAGACUCCCCGAAGGCCAGAGCAGACCAGCGUCUGACCUCAACGGCAUCAAAUCCGACAGCUCAUCAGCCAAAAACAGUUCAAAAAGCAAGCAGGAGCACGAAAGGACUCAAGCCAUUAAGUUGCUUCAAGGUUCUCCUACUGCGCUUCCCAAUGGUGCUAGCAACAGUGCAUCUCAUUCCAGAGACUCCACGUUAAAACGCCUACGAAACAAGCCGGCUGUGACUAGCAGGACUCAUCCCAGCCAGACGCAAACAGCCACGGGGGAAAGCAGGGGGAAAGACGGGGCCGCCAUCAGCACUGCCCAAUUGCAAGAUAAGGAUGUGGUUCACGGGAAAACGCUUUCAAGCAAGAGCUUGAUCAAACUGUCUCAAUCCAACGGGACUCUAAAUGGAAAAGGCACUGAGGUGAGGAAAACUGGCACUGCUCACAAGAGUACCAGUAAAGUGGUUAACAGCAGAGAAAUCCAGGAUUGUUCGACCACAGCUGAUAUAAAACGUGCCCACAGCUCAUCCAAUAUUCAGAGCAGGCUAGAUAUGACUUUGAAAAGGACGUUGUCUCUCCAAAGAAAUGGUCCAUUGGUACCGGCCCCCCAUAAAGGACCUGCGGUUGAUAAAUCCUCCUAUGCAACACUACAGAGAAUCAGAUACAACAGCACUUCACUGGGCAGGCAGAGACCUGUACCUGAGUCCUGCUUCUGAUUUAAUCUUCACUGUGGGAAAUAGUGUUUGUAUAUAUGUUUUAUGCAGAUGACAACAUUUAAAUAUUACAUACUAUUGCUCUUUUCCAAAACCUAGUGAGCAUUGCAAAGCAUUUUAUGCACAUUUCCAACACAAAGCCUGGUUGAAGAGGAUUAAAACGCCUCGUUUAGCAGGCAGCAGGUAGACGUUAAAGAGAUUGCAAUCCAGUGAUGCAUUGCAACAAAUUCAGAGCACAAAUCCAAGAGAAUUAUUUAUAAAAAUGCAUAUAAAAUUAUUUAAUAAUGAAAGUGUUUAAAAAAAGUUAAAAAUAAUUGAAAAUUACUGUAUAGACAGUUGUUCAAAAGUUUGGGGUUGGUAAGAUUAAAUACGCCUUCAGGAUUCAUUUUAAUGUGUUGAUUUGUUGCUCAUGAAGCAUUUCUCAUCAAAACAACUGAAAACAGUUGUGCUGCUUAAUAUUCUUGCAGAAACCAUGACCUUUUUUUUAGGAUUCUUUAAAUAGAAGUUUCACGACAUUAUAAAUGUCUUCACUGUCACUUUUGAUACAUUUAAUGCAUCCUUACUGAAUAAAAGCGUUCUUUAUAAUAACAAUAACAAAAAAUCGUAUUCACCCCAAACAGUCGAACGGUAUUAAAUGAUCAUUCUUCAACUAUGUGCACUUUUGACCCCGUGGACUUUUAGAAAAUAACUCUGUCUCUUUUUGUCUGAAAAAUGAAAUGAAUUUCCACCAUACUGUCAUUUUCAGCACAUCUGAUGUAUAAUGACAUUCUGGGAAGGACAUUUUGACAUUUGGAAUAAAAUUACAGACUGUUUUGCUGAGCCUAAAUUUGCAGCUAGCAUUUUAUGUAUUAUAUAUAAACACAGAACACAUGAAAUAUUUCACACUUUUUGGAUAAUUUGAUAAAAUUACAGCUUGAUUAGGAUUGGAAAGUGAUUUUUACCUUGUUUUGUCUCAUUUCACCUCAAGCAAUUCACUGACACUGUUAUCUUCUUAGUAACCAAGAACACAAAUUUUUAUGUGAUGUGAUGUUGUGGAAAUGACACAACAACUGUGGGACAGUCGUAACUUUUGAAAAACUGAUAUACAGGUCAAAAGUUUACAUACACCUUGCAGAAUCUGCAAAAUGUUAAUUAUUUUACCAAAACAAAAGGGAUCAUACAAAAUGCAUGUGAUUUUUUUUUUUAGUACUGAUCUUAAUAGUUAUUUCAUAUAAAAUAAAUUUACACAUAGUUUGCAAGAGAAAAUAUUAGUUGAAUUCAUAAAAUUUACCCCGUUUAAAAGUUUACAUACACUUGAUUCUUAAUACCACGUUGUUACCUGAAUGACCCACAGCUGUGUUUUUUUGCUUAGUGAUAGUUGUUCAUGAGUCCCUUGUUUGUCCUGAACAGUUAAACUGCCUGCUGUUCUUCAGAAAAAUCUUUCAGUUCGCACAAAGUCUUUGGUUUUUCAGUAUUUUUUUUUCUUGAACCCUUUCCAACAAUGACUGUAUGAUUUUAAGAUCCAUCUUUUCACACUGAGAACAACUGAGUGACUCAUAUGCAACUAUUACAGAAGAUUCAAACACUCAUUGAUGCUCCAGAAGGAAAAAUUAUGCAUUCAGAGAGAUGGGGUGUGAAUACUUUUGAACAGAAUGAUCAUGUGUACAUUUUUCUUUUUUUGCCUAAAUAUCAUAUUUUUGUCAUUUAGUACUGCCCUUCAGAAGCUACAGAAGAUACUUACAUAUUUCCCAGAAGACAAAAUAAGUUACAUUUACCCUGAUCUUCAAAUUCUAAAAGUUUUCACCCCCCGUUUUUCCCUCUGGAGCAUCAGUGACCUUUUAAUCUUCUGUAAUAGUUGUCCCUCAGUUGUCCUCAAUGUGAAAAGAUGGAUCUCAAAAUCAUACAGUCAUUGUUGGAAAGGGUUCAAAUACACAAAAAUGCUGAAAAAUUAAAGAAUUUGUAGAAUUUUUGUGUGGAUCAUUCAUGUAACAACACCGUAUUAAGAAUCAAGCGUAUGUAAACUUUUGAACUGGGUCAUUUUUAUUACUAUUAUUUUCUCCUGUGGACUAUAUGUAAAUGUCUUUUACGUGAAAUAUCUUAUUCAGGUCAGUACUAAAUAAAAAAUAAUAUGCAUUUUAUAUUAUCCCUCUUAUUUUGGUAAAAUAAUUAACAUUUUGCUGAUUCUGAAAGGUGUACAGUAUGUAAACUUUUGACCUAAACUGUAUUUUCACACAGUAUCUAUAGACAUACUGUAAAAGACAGUAGAACAAUUGCAAAAAAGUCUGUUUUAUUGUGACUGUCAUAUAACAAAAAACAAAGCUAACAGUUGAAACUCCACUGGGACAUAAAAAGGCUGAAGUGGAAGAAACACUUCAAUAUAAACUAAUGUAAGUUCCUCUCAUGUCAUCUAUAUUAGAAAUGAUUGCAGACUUCCUAUUUGUAUGACAGCUUCUGCAUAUAGAGCCUCUUAUGAGAUUCUAAUUCAGUCAGGAUGCUGCCUCAGAAGAUAGAGCCUAUAUCGGGUGUAAGCAGUGAGGCGGCUCACUAGGUUUUGGAUCAGAGCUUGUGUUUCCCAUGACUUUCUGUAAUAUAACUUUCUAUUGUUGGUAUAAGCAAUAUUUAACUUACAUAUAUCAAAGCCUGUUCUUAAAUCCCCAUUUAUACCCGCGAAUAUGUAGCAUCACACGCUAGUGGCUGGAAUUAGCUGUAAUGAUACAGUAGGAUCUGCUUAAAUGUCAGAACUGAAGUCUGCUUUACGCGUUUAGUGGAACUGUUUAUGCAAGUGCCUUUCUGUAAUAAUCUCAGGAGAGCGACGGAUUUUUUUUUUUACUUAUAAAUAUACAUGCGCACACCUCACCUCAGUUGAAAUAAAUCCACAGACGGCACCAACAUUUAUUCACUCCCAUAAUAUCCCAAAAAACACUCACUGUUUCACAUCAACGUGCACCUUGUUCACUGCUGGAGUGAUUUGUUUGUUUUCUGAUAGGAACGGACUAUGCGAGUACAAUCAGACAUAGAGAAUGCUUGUGUCGAGUUUUAUCAGCGUGUUUACGCUGGAGAUCUAGCAUAUAAUUGCAAAAAUGAUCAAGAUGCCGAUGUUGGAAAGCAGCAAUAUCUUCAACAUGGAUCUUCAAGGAUUGAGAAGCUGAGGUCGGAAAGUAGCAAUAUCUUUGGCGUUUUCCAAAUAAAUAUUCUCAUGAAGUGAAGGUAAAUUGAAACACAGUAUUGUUUAGCAAAAUAAAAUAAAGCACUGAAAUAGUAAAGAAUAACAUUACAAAAUAAAUAUCAGAGAAAGCAGCUGUCUGAAAAGUUGUGAUAACGAUGCGUGUCAUAUUCUUAUGUUAGGAAAUUUUAAUUCAGGAAACAGCGAAACGUUAAACUAUGUUGGUAACAACUCAACCUGCGACCAUAGUUGGGAAAUGAUGCUUUUGGGAAACACACUCCUGGUUGACUUUUUAAAGGGAACCCUGGGUAUUAAGACUUGUAUGGCUUAAAAUAAUGUAAAUUAUGUUUCAUGCUGAAAUAUGUAGCAGAAAACCCAUGAAAGACUUAGGUUAUUUAAAAAAUUGGAAUGGUUUUAUUCAUAUUUUAGACUAUAAGGGGCGCCAUUAUGACAUGAAAUGGUUGCACUCAGUGAUCUACUGUCACUACCUAUUGCUAUUUUAUUGCACAACUUGGAAAAUUCAAAGCCACAUUGUGCAGCUUUGGUUGUAAUUUUUUAGUCGAAGGGCAACAAGAGAAGCGAUGCAAGUCUUCACUGCUUUCCUAGCGAUAAGAAGAGGAGAAAAACUUCCUAAAGACCCGCGUCUUUGUUCUCUUCACUUUAGCCCUGAGUUCUUUGAGGCUUUUAGUAGCCUACAGUUACUGAAACAGCUUACAAAUGGCAGAGACAAGAAACACGAUGCCGUCCUGGUAGGAUGUAAACAUGCCAAUUAACAUGCUAUUUAUGUGUUUUGAGUUGUAGCUGACCAGCUUACCAAGUGCAACCUUUUCACAUCAUAAUGGCGCCCCCCAUAGUCCAAAAUAUGUAUAAAAUUAUGUGGAUUUUUUUGAAUAACCUAAAUCUUUCAUGGGUUUUCUACAACAUAUUUCAGUAAAAGACAUCUUUAUGUUAUAUUAAGCCAUGAAAGUCUUAAUACCCACAGUUCCCUUCAAGCAGCUGGACUUACGAAUUUGAUAAAACUGGAAAAUAAAUGCCACAGACUUGCACUGAAGGCCAAACAGAGCCCAAAAUAUUUGAGACUAUAAGGUGAGGCUUUUUACUUGGGACAGUAAGAAACCAGCUUAGCAAACAGUACAUUUUAGCCACAACAAUAUGAUACAGAUGGCCACAGAUGCUUUUUUUUUUUUCCUUUUUCUUAAAUAUUAAUCACCACUGAUGUUUAUUGAUAUGAUGAUGACAUGAUGCUUUUAUUUUAUUUAUUGUAAGUUUAAAGGGGAUAUCGGAUGCCCGUUUUCCACAAGUUGGUAUGAUUCUUUAGGGUCUUCGUGAAAUGUUUCCAACAUACUUUGGUUAAAAUUCCUCAGUGGUCAUUUAAAACAACUCCGUUUUUACCUUGCCAAAAUCAGCUCUGUUCACAGCGACACGUUUCAGUGCAUGUCUCUUUAAAUGAUAAUGAGCUCUAUUCACUCCGCCCCCUCCUCUGUUUUUUGUGUAUUCGAUGGCACAGUACCAUCAACAACAAAACUAAUCCAAUGUGUGCUUCUGAUUUCAGUAGAAAGUAAAGACUCUUAUGUGCACUUUUACAUUCAUCUACAAAGCACCUGCAGUGCUUAUGAGACAGCUGCUCAAACGAAUAUGUUAAUACAGGACAGUCCGUCAGCGGUCGUGGACGAGGCUUGAGCAAUAUGACAUCAUACUGUUUAGAAAAUAAAAACAGCUUGAUAAUUAAGAAAGUCUAGGUUUUGGAGAGAUUAAAAAAAGGAGUGAAUGGAUUUUUAUCAUUGUACAGCUAAGACACAAUAACGUGCAAAAUUUGCAUCCGAUGUCCCCUUUUAAUAUGAAUAUCACUCAGUCACUGUAACAGAAGUCCCUGCCAUGUGACAGAGAGUCAAACUGGCAAGGAAGACGUGUAAUAUUACUUAACUCUGUUAUGCCACUCACGUUAAACAAUUCAUUAAAUUAUAAUCCCAGUGCACUUUCCUGAUCUCUGGAGUGAUGUGCUCUCAUAUCACUGCUCAAUCUGAAUAUGAUAAUGUUUUAUGUGAACCAUUCACCUGAAAUUAGACUCCCUGUGUUAUCACUAAUGCACUAAACCUGAAGAUCCAUGCUUAUGUAAUACUUAAAAAGCUAUGUAUUAAGAUAAAUGUUGUUGGAUGUAAUGAUUACUGUGGAAAUGUAUUCUCAUCUGCUCCUGAGAGAAUUAUGUUUUUUACACCAAGCUUUUGUACUGCACAUUUUUAAUUGGAUGUAUUAAUAAAAUUAUGCUGAGAUGCUUGUUAGGUAGCCAGAAAACAAGCAAGUCAAUACAGACUUAAAAACUUUGUGCUAACGCAUUGCAACUGGUUUUAUCCUUUAAGCACAUGUUUUCUAAACACGUUUUAAUGUGUUAAACUCAUGCACCUCAAUCAAUAAAUCUUUUCGCUGCCUCUGAGAUUGUCAUUCCUAACAUGGCUUUGAUAUGACGCAGUAUAGUCUAUUUGUCAAUACCACUGUACGCUGUGAAUAUGACUUUGAUUGAUUUUUGUUGUUACAGAGAUGGCAGCUAUAUUGCAGAUGCAAAUAAAGCAUUGUGGCCUACGUA